AUGGAUUCCACUUCCACUCCACUAGAAAGCUUGGCCAUAGAAGGCCUGUCAACUCUUAAUAGGCUUUUAGAGACUUCUGGCGAAAUUUUUACUUCUCUGUCAAGAUACUCCUACUCAAAUGAUAACACUGAGGAAGCUAUUCGACGGGAGAUUGCAGAAUCUCACGAAAAGUACAAAAAUGUUUCUGAAGAAUUGAAGGUUUUGGUGGAUAAUAUUGAUAAUAUCCAGGAGGAGAAGCUUGGGAAGAUAAAGGAAGAUAAUAUGGAUACAUAUGAUCCUAAUUCAGAUCCUAUAAUAGUCGAAUUAAUAAAUACGCGUAGUUCGCUUCUUCAGGCAUAUAACUUUUCACAUUACAUUCCGACCAUUUCCAAACAAGCAUAUAAACUGCAAUUUCUCAUACAAACAUUGUUGGCAAGUAGCGAACAAGAAGCAAUAGUACCUCCUCCAUAA